AUGUACAAUGGUCGUAUAGAUCCUGUGGAGCACGUAAGUCACUUUAACUAUGAUGAGGACUACCACCAUGAGCGCAGAAACGGGAGCUCAUCUUCCAAGGGUUUAGGAAAUGAUGCAAUGAGCAAAGCACUCAGCCAAAUUUCCAGAUCACCUUUCACAUGCAAGAUUGAGGGAGGGAGACUUCCUUGGCGGUUCACUCAGCCCACGUUUACCAUGUACAAUGGUCGUAUAGAUCCUGUGGAGCACGACCUCAAGGUCGGCCUGCCUACUGAGCAUGAUUUGAGAAAAUCCUUAACCAAGGAGCUGGUAAGGAGUGUGCAUCGGUUUAUGGACCGCAUUGACGAAUACAAGAGGGUUGAGGAAGACCAACAACAAGGCAAAAGGAAGGGUAAGGUUAUCCCUCAAGAGAGGAGAGAUUUUAGGGUGGACAGAGACAAUAAUAAUAGACCCCGAAUGGAUUUUGCUGGAAAAUCUAGAUCUACAGCUCCUCAGGUGGUUAACACUGUGUUUUGA